CCGCGGCCCCCGUCCGUUUCCCAGUUCCCACGAUUUCCGCGUCACCCCGUCCCCUCCACCUUCUCUAUUAACGCGCCCACCACCGAAAAUUAAAGCCGCCCACCCCCCCCGGAAAUCAGAGACGCGAGCGGCGAAUCCCCUAGCCCCUGGCCCCGAAUCCUACCCGAGUUCGCUCGCAAAUCCGAUCCGCCGGCCUUCUCGCUGCUCCGUCGCCGCCGGCGGUUCGCGGCGCGGUAGGGAACCUAAUCUACCUUUGGGUUGGGAGAUCCGGGGUGACCCCCUUCAUCCCGGGCGCUCCGGGGGCUCGGAUCUUGCGGCGGGCGGGCAAUGUGAGCGGCCUCCGUCGGAGGGGGACGAUCUGCGGCGCGGCUCGUGGGUGAAUCUUGCGGCUGCGGGGUUGCGCGGCCCGCGGGGAUGGAGCACGUGAUCGGAGGCAAGUUUAAGCUGGGGAAGAAGAUUGGGAGCGGAUCUUUCGGGGAGCUCUACCUCGGCGUCAACAUACAGAGCGGCGAGGAGGUGGCUAUCAAGUUGGAAUCUGUCAAAUCAAGGCAUCCUCAGCUUCAUUAUGAGUCAAAGCUAUACAUGCUUCUCCAAGGGGGAACUGGGAUUCCUCAUUUGAAGUGGUUUGGAGUGGAGGGGGAGUACAAUGUCAUGGUCAUUGAUCUUCUUGGUCCAAGUCUGGAGGACUUAUUCAACUUCUGCAGCAGAAGAUUCUCUCUUAAAACAGUACUUAUGCUAGCUGAUCAGAUGAUAGCCAGGGUAGAGUACAUGCACACGAGGGGGUUUCUUCAUCGUGAUAUCAAGCCAGACAACUUCCUUAUGGGCUUAGGCCGUAAAGCAAGCCAGGUUUAUGUCAUUGACUAUGGCCUUGCGAAGAAGUAUCGGGACCUCCAAACUCAUAAACACAUACCAUACAGGGAGAACAAAAAUCUCACAGGAACAGCACGAUAUGCUAGUGUAAACACCCAUCUUGGAGUAGAACAAAGCAGGAGAGAUGACCUAGAGUCCCUUGGUUACGUGCUGAUGUAUUUCUUGAGAGGAAGCCUUCCUUGGCAAGGCUUGAAAGCUGGCACAAAAAAACAGAAGUAUGACAAAAUUAGUGAGAAGAAAAUGCUAACUUCAAUUGAGGCCCUCUGUAAAUCUUAUCCAUCAGAAUUCAUUACAUACUUCCAUUAUUGCCGAUCUUUGCGAUUUGAAGAUAAGCCAGACUAUAGCUAUUUGAAGAAAAUCUUCCGGGAUUUAUUCAUCCGUGAAGGGUACCAGCAUGAUUAUGUCUUUGAUUGGACUGUAGCAAGGCAAGCUGCGGACAAUAACAGAUUACGACUGAGUGGGAGAGGUGGGUUGGUGGGACCAUCAGCAGACCGGGCUGCAGCGAGACAGGAUGUUCCAGAUAGAUUCCCCGGUCCAGUUGAUGCAUUUGGUAGAAGAACCGGCUCUGGUUCUGGCCAUUAUGGUGAACAAACAAAGCACAGAUCUCUAUUGGAUACACUUUUAGCACCCAAGACGACUGUUGAUUCAGAUAGAAGAAGGCCUUCAUCGUCGCGGAAUGGGAGCACGUCAAGGAAGGCCCUUCUGUCAAGCAGCAGAGGCUCUGGAGAUCCCAGUGACCCGAUUCGCAGUAGCCACCUAGUCCCAACCAGCAGCGGCAGCAGCCGCCCAUCAACUAAUCAAAGGCUUCAUCAGUCAACAGGACUUGAGGGCAGGACUUCAUCAUUGUCGAAACCCGGAAGGGUCGUCCAUGAUGAUCCCACUAUGAGGAACUUUGAACGCCUUACUAUCAGUGCAGACAGGAGGAAAUGAAAUUUUUACUAGAGCAAAAGAUCCGAGCUGCUCUCACUUUGCUGUAGCGCUGAGAAUUCAUUUGGUUCCAAGUGAUGCUUACUGAUGAGCAAGUUAAAUGAUUCUGUGCUAUACAUGAUGCUGUGAUCUGCACAUAACUGUACUUGUCAAAUCUUGGCACAGAUGAUUUGGGUUCUUCUAAUUCAGUGAACUGUUCUUACAAAUGGCCACAGGAGCACACAGCACACCAUUAGAGGGACCCGGGAUUGGCUGCAGUGUUUAGCCAUGCGGGUCAAAAUGAUGUUAAUGAUGACUGAUAUUUGUAAAAUGUCAAUGGAAUAAAACAUUUCAGUACACUUGCAUUAUCUUUGAAUUUCUGUGAAAGCUGAAUUUUUCGUCUA